UAACUUGUAUGUAUGUUUUUCAGUCGAAACGCAAAGCUUUCGGUGAUAAUUCACCGGCCGCAUCAGAUGACGAGUCAGACUUUGACGACGAUGAGGAUCCAGAUAAUUUGGAAGUGCCAGGUGGAGGCAAAACAUUAGCAGCAGCGGCCCGGCUCGGAGACAAGACGAAGCUCCAGCAAAGUUCAAUGCCCGUCACCAUCAAAGCUACCACAAAUCCAUUGGCUGCGCCCUCUGGUUUGGCCUUUGGUCAAAUGUCAAACGUAAAACCCAUCAAGAUAUCGGCGAGCUCGCUCACGAAGCCCAUAAUAAAUCUAAGCAGAGGAGGAGCGGCGCCGGUCGCGUCGUUCACGCCGGGUUCAUCCGCCUACAACGCAGCCUCGAUACUCGCUCAGAUGGAAAUGGUAGGGGCACAGGGUAUGAACUCGUACCUCCUGCAGAACCUGAACCAGAUGUUAGCGACUGGUAUAGGCGGUCCGCUGGCGGGCAUGCUUGGUCAGUUUCCGCAGUUGCCCAAUUUUAGACAGAUUAAAGGAAUUUGGCCUGCUGAUAAGAUGGCGAUGCCAGGAGAAGAAGAAGAAGUCGAUGACGAAGAAAUGGGCGUCGCGGAGACGUACGCCGACUACAUGCCCACCAAGUUGAAGCUCGGGCGCAAGCACCCGGACCCGGUGGUGGAGACGGCGUCGCUGUCGUCCGUGGAGCCGGUGGACGUGACGUACAGCCUGGGCCUGCCGGACGAGACGGUGCGCGGCGGGCUGCUGUCGGCGCUGCAGCUGGAGGCCGUGGUGUACGCGUCGCAGGCGCACGAGCACCUGCUGCCCGGCGGCACGCGCGCCGGCUUCCUCAUCGGCGACGGCGCCGGCGUGGGCAAGGGCCGCACCAUCGCCGGCAUCAUCUUCGAGAACUACCUGCGCGGCCGCAAGCGCGCCGUGUGGGUGUCCGUGUCCAACGACCUCAAGUACGACGCCGAGCGCGACCUGCGCGACAUCGGCGCCGCCAAGAUCGACGUGCACUCGCUCAACAAGUUCAAAUACGCGAAGAUAUCUUCAGCGAUAAACGGCAACGUGAAGAAAGGCGUGGUGUUCAGUACGUACUCGGCCUUGAUCGGCGAGACGCAGGCCAACACAAAGUACCGCACACGUCUCAAACAGCUGUUGCAGUGGUGCGGGGACGAUUUUGAUGGAGUCAUCGUUUUCGACGAGUGUCACAAGGCUAAGAACCUGUGCCCAGUGGGGUCGGGCAAAGCCACGAAGACCGGUCUGACGGCGUUAGAGCUGCAGAACAAGUUGCCCAAGGCUCGAGUUGUUUACGCCUCAGCUACAGGUGCCUCCGAGCCACGUAAUAUGGCCUACAUGGUGCGCCUGGGGAUAUGGGGAGAGGGGACGCCCUUCCCGACCUUCAUGGACUUCAUCAACGCCGUCGAGAAGAGGGGUGUAGGCGCAAUGGAGAUCGUUGCGAUGGAUAUGAAGCUACGGGGCAUGUACAUCGCAAGGCAGCUGUCAUUCCAUGGAGUCACCUUCAAGAUCGAGGAGGUUCCCCUCUCCGACUCCUUCAGGGAGACCUACGACAAGGCUGUAGCACUUUGGGUUGAAGCGAUGCAGAGGUUUACGGAGGCCGCCGAGUUGAUCGACGCGGAACCGCGGAUGAAGAAAACCAUGUGGGGCCAGUUCUGGUCCGCUCACCAGCGGUUCUUUAAGUAUCUUUGCAUUGCAGCCAAGGUGAACCAGGCGGUGGUGACGGCGCGCGAGGCGGUGAAGUGCGGCAAGUGCGUGGUGAUCGGCCUGCAGAGCACCGGCGAGGCGCGCACGCUGGACCAGCUGGAGCGCGACGACGGCGAGCUCAGCGACUUCGUGUCCACCGCCAAAGGAGUGUUCCAAACCUUGGUAGAAAAGCAUUUCCCUGCGCCCGAUAGAGAAAGAAUUAACCGUCUGCUCGGGUUGGAGGCGAAAGGGAAGGCCUCGACGCCCGCACCGACCCUCAACGGAAAGAAUGGAAUCGACGACGCCAACUCCUCUAAGAGGAAACUGUCGGCGCGGCAGCAGGCCGGCGCGAGCGGCGCGGCCAAGCGCGCGCGCGCCGGCUCGUCGUCCGACGAGCGCGCGCGCUCGGACGACGAGGCGGAGGCCGAGCCCGACUCCGACGACGAGCGCCGCGCCGCCAGCGACUCCGACGGCAGCGACUUCAACCCCUUCCGCGCCGGCAGCGACAGCGACGACGAACCGUGGUUGGGUCGCAAGAAAAAAGCGGUAAAGAAGAAAAAGCCCCGUGUGAAGAAGAAGGCAGCGAGCACACAGGACAAAAUCGAGAAUAUGUUUGAGCGUAAAAACUUACCAACACCGCCAACACACGCGCCCACCGGGACUCCCGUCGGGACCAACGGACUCUACCUGGGUCCGACCCGCACGCAGCCGCCGGCGCGCUCCGCCAUCGAGCGCGCGUGCAGCAUGAAGGAGCAGCUGCUGCAGGCCAUCGAGCGCCUCGGCCGCCGCCUGCCGCCCAACACGCUGGACCAGCUGGUGGACGAGCUGGGCGGCACCGACAACGUGGCCGAGAUGACAGGUCGAAAGGGACGAGUGGUCCAGACGGAAGACGGUCAGAUUCUGUACGAGAGCCGGUCGGAGGCGGACGUGCCGCUCGAGACGUUGAACCUCACAGAGAAGCAAAGGUUCAUGGAUGGUGAGAAGGAUGUGGCCAUCAUCUCCGAAGCUGCUUCCAGCGGUAUAUCUCUCCAGAGUGACAGGAGAGCGAGAAAUCAGAGGCGGCGAGUUCACAUAACGUUGGAGUUGCCCUGGUCAGCGGACAGAGCUAUACAGCAGUUCGGUCGCACGCACCGCUCCAACCAGGUGAACGCGCCGGAGUACAUCUUCCUGAUCUCGGACCUGGCGGGCGAGCGCCGCUUCGCGUCGACCGUGGCCAAGCGCCUGGAGUCGCUGGGCGCGCUCACCCAUGGCGACCGCCGCGCCACCGAGAUGCGCGACCUCAGUCAGUUCAACAUCGACAACAAGUAUGGCCGCACGGCGCUGGAGGCGGUGAUGAAGGCCAUCAUGAAGUACGAGAGUCCGCUGGUGCCGCCGCCGCGCGACUACAGCGGCGACUUCUUCCAGGACGUGGCCGUGGCGCUGGUGGGCGUCGGCCUCAUCGUCAACUCGGAGAGCUCGCCCGGCCUGCUGUCGCUCGACAAGGAUUAUAACAAUAUGUCAAAGUUCCUGAACAGAAUACUCGGCAUGCCCGUGGAUCUCCAGAACAGGUUGUUCAAAUACUUCACCGACACACUCACAGCUGUCAUGGAGCAAGCCAAGCGCAGCGGCCGCUUCGACCUCGGCAUCCUGGACCUGGGCGGCGCCGGCGACAGCGUGCGGCGGGUGCGCUGCGUGCGCUUCCUGCGGCGGCACGCCACCGGCCAGGCGCCCGUGGAGCUGCACACCGUGCAGUCCGAGCGCGGCAUGGAGUGGUCGGAGGCGCUGGACAAGUGGUCGGAGGCGCAGGCGCUGGGCGAGGCGGUGGAGGGCGACGGCUUCUACGUGUCGGCGGCGCCGCGCGGCGGCAAGCUGUCGGCCGCGCUGUGCCUGGCGCCCCGGCCGCGCCCCGGCCAGCGGGAUCGGCCCAAGGAGCGCAUGUUCCAGGUCUACAGGCCGAACACGGGGCUCCAGUUGAAGCUGGAGUCGCCGGCCGAGCUGCAGAAGAAGUACCGGCGCGCCACGCUGGGCGAGGCGGAGGCGGCCUGGCGCGCGCACCACGCCGCCUCGCUGCGCGUGUGCGCGCACGCCUACUGGCGCGCCGCCUGCCGCAACCAGGAGCACUGCGAGGUGGGGCUGCGCGUGCGCACGCACCACGUGCUGGCGGGCUCGGUGCUGGCGGUGUGGGCGCGCGUGGAGGCGGCGCUGGCGGCGCGCGCGGCCGGCAAGGUGCAGGUCGUGCGCAUCAAGACGGACGACGGGCUCAAGCUCGUGGGUACGCUUAUUCCAAAGAACUGCGUGGAGACGCUGAAGGAGACGCUGUCGUCGGACGCCGUCUCCGUCACCGAGCAGACCUUCGAGCGCCCCGACGCGCUCGAGUGA